AUGGCAGAUAAAAUCCGAGAAAAGAAUCAAUACGCCCUCCUCAAACAGAAAUACCCAGGGAUAGGAAAUGCCGACACUACCCGACACGAGUUUCAAACAACAAUAUACAACGAUACAGUAGCAUCAAUAGCUCAUCAUAAGCAUUUGAAUUAUUAUAACCUGACUGUGGUUAAUAAACAUCCUAAUUUAAUGAAACAAGAGAUGCUUAAGAAGAUUAAACCAGAGACGUCAUUGAGGGAAGACAAAAGUUGA